AUGCAAGAUUCCAUGCAAGCCCAACCUGGACCAGCAAAGCAACUAGAUGAUUCAACUGUUCAGCAGACAUCAAGUAAGGAUCAUGGUCAGUUAUUAAGUGAUAAGUUUGUUCAAAACACAGUUAGUGGAUUCUUCUUUUUAUUGAUGGCCCAUGUAUUUCUCUGGGAAUACGAGAAUACAACGUUGGGAAAGUCAUGGAAUGUGGCGCUCUACACACUGGCAGCUGUUGGAACGCUAGGAUAUCUACUGUGGAUGGUUAUGAAGGAUCGUUCUGGUGGUGAAAUCAAGGAUGUUCUGAAGGAGAAAUGGGUUGAGAUUGCGAGUAUGAUACCUGUGGCUGUUGGGCUUAUGAAUAUUGCCAAGAUUGCCAAGAACGGUACUGUACCUAUGGAUAUGGGUGCACAGAGUUUUGGGAUGUUAGCGAUUUGUACUGUGGUGUUAUGCUUGCAACACCUUUGCAAGAAAGAUAUGUCAUGGGGGCAGGUAGCAAUGAUUAUAGCUGGAAACAUCAUAGUGGUUGCAGGGUAUCUUACUAGUCCUAAGAAAUACUUCAUUCCCAUGAUAGACCUACGUAACCAUAGGAUGUAUGCCGGGAUGUGUGUAUUUGCGCUGCCUCUAUUACUUGCAUCUAUUAUGAAAGGGAGAGCAAUCAAUAAGAUGGUCUCUUCUGCAGUAUUUGUGACGACAGUUGUAGUCAGUACUGCAGUAUCCUUGGUUAUUCUAACAUAUGAUAAUCUGUCGCAAUUGAAGCCAUACGAAAAUUCUGAUGCCCAUUGA